UCUUUCCCAUUGGCCGCCGCUGCGUCAGCUGGUGCGAUUUGCUGCUGUCGCUUUUGGCGUUCGGCCAUCCAGAAACAAACCAGUUCGAUGACUACUAAUAGUUAUAGCCAGAUGUACUAAUACACAACAAAUCACAGUCCUGCAGAGGGGCGCGCAAAUGAGUUCCUAUUUUGUGAAUCCCACUUUCCCUGGGAGCCUGCCCAGCGGCCAGGACUCCUUCUUGGGCCAGCUGCCCCUCUACCCGGCCGGCUAUGACGCGCUGAGGCCCUUCCCGGCCUCUUACGGGGCGUCGAGUCUUCCGGACAAGACAUACACCUCACCUUGUUUCUACCAACAGUCCAACUCGGUCCUGGCCUGCAACCGGGCAUCCUACGAGUACGGGGCCUCAUGUUUCUAUUCUGAUAAGGACCUCAGUGGCGCCUCACCCUCGGGCAAUAACAAGCAGAGGGGCCCCGGGGACUACCUGCACUUUUCUCCCGAGCAGCAGUACAAACCUGACAGCAGCAGCGUGCAGGGCAAAGCCCUCCAUGAGGAAGGCACCGACCGGAAGUACACAAGCCCUGUUUACCCCUGGAUGCAGCGGAUGAAUUCCUGUGCGGGUGCCGUGUACGGGAGUCACGGGCGCAGAGGCCGCCAGACCUACACUCGCUACCAGACGCUGGAGCUGGAGAAGGAAUUUCACUUCAACCGCUACCUGACUCGGCGACGCCGCAUCGAGAUCGCCAACGCGCUCUGCCUCACUGAGCGCCAGAUCAAGAUCUGGUUCCAGAAUCGGCGCAUGAAGUGGAAAAAGGAAAAUAAACUCAUCAAUUCCACGCAGGCCAGCGGGGAAGACUCUGAGGCCAAGGCGGGCGAGUAGACUCCAGGGCAGGGACCAGGCCAGCGUUAAAACCUCUAUUGGCUUUGCCCCUGGUGCCCUUGCCUGCUCCCCAA